AACACAAUUUAAAGUAUUGAAUGAUGUCUCGAUGACAAACUACCCCACUUUUGGAUUCUAUUUGCCAUUUUAUCCCUUAAUUAUUUUCGUAGUUUUUAACUUUUUUUAUAUGGAACAUCCCUUAUUUUCAUAGAUCACCUAUUCUAACUUCAUGGGGAUGAAUCCUUACAUUAUUACCUUAUUUUUUGGUUGCCAAAUUUGUAGUGUUUAUGCGGCAGUCGUUCUUGAGGCGAAAGGGUGUUCUAAUCAAGGUUAUUACAACGAGGGAAGUAUUUAUCAACAUAAUCUCAAUCGACUCUUAUCAAGUCUCUCUUCCCAACCAUCAUCGAGGAAGUUUUAUAACUCCUCGGCGGGCGAUAUUCCUAACAAAGUGUACGGCCUUUACCAAUGUCGCGAGGAUUUGAGCCAAGACGUAUGCAACGAGUGUGUCCAAGUUGCGACGAAAAAAAUUACACAAGUGUGCUCUUUGUAUGGCGAAGCUAUCGUAUGGUACGACGAGUGUAUGGUAAGGUAUGCAAAUCGUUCUAUUUUCUCGUUGUGCGAGACAUCACCGGCGAAAACGGCGUCUUAUCAAGAUAGUGUAUCGAAUGACUAUGAAAAGUUUGCUCUAGUUGUAAAUGAGACGUUGAAGACCGUUAUUGAUCAAGCUGUUCGUAACACUACACGGGGACAUUUUGCUAGCACGUAUGCUAAUUGGACAUUGAUCGAUAAGAUGUAUUGCUUCGCUCUAUGUACAGCUGAUAUCGAUGAGUCUUAUUGUAAGAAUUGCCUGGCAAUUGGUUUUAGUAACAUGUCUGAAUAUUAUAGCAUCACUACGGGGGUGACGCUUUACUAUCCUAGCUGCCAAUUGGGAUUCGAUACGGAACUUGAUAAGAUGCCGCAUGUGCCGGUGGUUCCGGGUCAAGCUCAAGCUCCGGCUCAAGCAGUUAUCUUUGAAAAUUACUACUGUUCUUCUUCACAAGGUAAUUACACAAAGGGCAGUUCCUACCAACGUAAUCUCAAUCACCUUUUCUCAAGUCUUUCCUCUCAAACUUCAUCUCGAAAGUUUUACAACACCAGUAUCGGCAAUUUUCCGAACAAAGUGUACGCCAUUUAUCAGUGUCGAGAGGAUUUGAGCUUAGAUAUUUGCAGCGUGUGUAUCCAAGGUGCUACGAUAAAAAUAACACAAGUUUGCCCGUCAUAUAGUGAAGCUAUUGUAUGGUACGAUGAAUGUAUGUUAAGGUAUGCAAAUCGUUCCAUCUUCUCCUCGUGCGAGACAUCUCCGACAAGGGAGGCGUAUUACGAGAAUAGUGUUGUCUCGAACUUUGAUAAGUUUGUUCCAUUAGUGGAUAAAACGAUGAGUUCGAUUAUUGGUCAGGCUGCUCUUACUACACCUAGGGGACAUUUUGCUAACACGUAUGCGAAUUGGACAUUGAUCGAUAGAAUGUUCUGCUUCGCUAUGUGCACCUCUGAUAUAAAUGAGUUUGAUUGUAAGAGAUGUUUGACAAUUGGUUUAGAUGACCUAUCUAGAUUUUACAAGACAAGUACGGGUGUGACUGUCUUUUAUCCAAGCUGCCAAUUAGGUUAUGAUACGGAACUUGAUCGAAUGACACACGUACCACUAGUACUGGCUCCAUCUCCUGGUCAAACUCAAGCCCAAAUUCCAGAGAGGCAGAAAGGGUCAUCACAUACCAUUAUAGCUGUUUGUGUUCCGAUAGUUAUUGCGGUGUUGCUUAUCUCAAGUGCUUGUUUAUGCAUCUACUGUCAUAAGCGGAAAAAACCUUCAACGGAUUUGGAAGAGAUUAUUGGAGUAGAGUCACUACAAUAUGAUUUCAAGACAAUAAGAGAUGGAACAGAUAAUUUUUCACCAAGUAAUAAACUUGGCCAAGGUGGAUUUGGUGGGGUUUACAAGGGAAAGCUUCAAGAUGGGCAAGAAGUAGCCGUGAAAAGGUUGUCAAUAUACUCCGGACAAGGCACUGCAGAAUUCAAGACAGAAAUUCUUUUAGCUGCAAAACUCCAGCAUAAUAAUUUGGUUAAACUCAUCGGAUUUUGCUUACAUGGAGAAGAAAAGUUGCUUAUCUACGAAUUAUUACCUAAUGCAAGUCUUGACAAAGUUUUGUUUGGCCAGAAUAAGGACCUAUCACUAGAUUGGGAAACGCGCUACAAAAUCCUAAUUGGGACUGCUAGGGGCCUCUUAUACCUCCAUGAAGAUUCCAGGAUGAAGAUUAUCCAUCGUGAUCUAAAACCUAGCAAUAUACUUUUGGACGAAAAUAUGAACCCAAAGAUAUCAGAUUUCGGGCUGGCAAGACUUGUUGGAAGAGAUCAAAUUCAGGCUGAAACGAGUAAAAUUGCUGGAACAUACGGAUACAUGGCUCCCGAGUAUGCACUAACAGGUCGUUUCUCAAUCAAGUCCGACGUCUAUAGCUUCGGAAUAAUAGCACUAGAAGUAAUAAGUGGUCACAUGUGUAGUUCAAUUUCCUUCCCCUAUCACGAAGAAAGUCUACCUCUACGAGCAUGGAACUUAUGGAAAGACAAUGGACCAUUAGACUUGGUCGAUCCUCGAAUUAAAGGCAACUUCUCGGACGUUCAAAUGGUAAGAUGCAUUCACAUUGGUUUACUUUGUAUUCAAGAAGAUGCAAAUAAGAGGCCGACAAUGGCUACAAUUGUUUCGGUGCUAAAUGGCCACCAGGUGGCUCUCCCUGAGCCGGAACCACCAUUGAGUGGUCCAUCAUCAAACUUUCACAAGAACUUUGGUAUAUGUUCCUCCAGUGAGUUCAAUUCAAAUAUUGAUAACAUUACAGAAGUUCAACCUAGGUAGAGAAGGGCUUCGUAAAAUGUAAAAAAACAUUAAAAAAAAUAUGCAUGACACUUGUCUGGGCUUGUUA